AAUUCCUAUGCGCUCCAUGAAUUCAAAUAUGGAUAGGGAAAAUGCUGAGCAUGUCCCAAUUAAUAUCAAUUAGACAGAGAAUAAGAGGCAUCAAUGUUGCAAUCAUAAUCAUAAUCACAAUCAUUAAAAUCAACAUUAACACCAACAUUAACACAAUCACCAACAUCAUCAUCACUCCUCAUAUAACCCAUUUGCAAAUGUCCCCAAAGAGAUGAGAGUCUUCAUUUGGCAUGCCAUUCUUAGUGGUGAUUAUGCUAUGCAAAUCUUUAUGCAGUUGCCUAUGAUGGCUCAAGGCUAUUAUUUUUACAUGAUGAUUUAGUAUUCCAAUCAUACUAUUUAUUAGACAGGCCCUUAUGACACCUAUUUAUAAACUUAAUGGAUGGCUCAAUUAAAUAAUGCCAGACAAUAUACUAAAAUAAAUAUUUGGAGGGUUUGCUAUCUAUUAUUUUCUUGGUCACGGCCUUUUACUCUAUUUCAAUUAUGAAACUUAUCCUGAAUUGGUAUCUAUAUCUAAUAAUCUAGGAUUAUAUUUUGUACAUUAUUUAUGCUAUCUUUACUACUUAUUUCUUGGUUCUAUUAUGUCCAGCAGGUUAUUUCAAAUAAGCAGAUUUCAAAGAACUUUUAGAUACUAAACCAGAACUAUUCACACUCUCUAAAAUGAAUAGAAACAUCUGCGUUCUAUGUUCAAUCCCCAAAGUUGUUAGAUGCUAACAUUGUCUAUAUUGUCAAAAGUACUAAUCCAUAUAAAUGUAGAUGUGUUAAAAGAUGGGAAUUCCAUUCAAUGCAAUUCAACAUAUGCAUUGGUCUAUACAAUUAUCCACUCCUCAUUCUCUAUCUUAUUUCUUGGACUUCAUAUCUUUUUUUCAUACUCAGAUAAUUCACACUAUCAUAGAGAACACAAGAGAAGUCCUAUUUUGAUUUGUUCGUUAUAUUAAUCAAUAUAUGGCAAAUCUAUUAUUUUGGUUAACAAUACCUGCUGUGUUUAUUGAGAGUAAUAAUCUUAAUUUUAUACUUAGAUUUCCUACAACAUUACUCCCUCAGAAUUAGUAUAAUGGAGAAGAUACUCCUAUCUAUGGGCUAAUGAUAGAGGAAUGUUUGGAAACCCCUUUGACAAAGGAUUCAUCAAUAAUUGGAUAUCCUUUUUUAAACCUCUUUUUACAAGCAAAGGAGACCAAAAUUGGGCUACUAAUAAAUACAUCAAUGUUACUGACAUCCCUAAUCACCCUCUUGGAGCUAAAGCCUAAUAAUUAAUAGAUUAAUAAAUUAGAGAGUUAAGAAUGAUGGAAAAAGACAUGAUUAAAAGGUAAGCUGCCAAUGAGGAGGCAGAGGGACUAUUGAAUGAGUGACAACAGUAUUUUUGU